AUGAAUAAAAACUCACAAGUUCUUAACAAAAGAGGUGACAGAUCGCGACAAAGGCGUCGUCGCACAGCGUUUACAGAUGAACAACUGAAUCGGUUGGAGGACUCUUUUGAAAACGAGAAAUUCCCAGGCAUUCAGAUACGCGAGGACCUUGCGAAAGAACUCAGUAUCGGGGAGGACAGAAUUCAGGUCUGGUUCCAAAACCGUCGCGCAAGAUGGCGCAAACAUGAGAUCAAGAACAAACCCGCUCCAGUCCUCCCUGCUUCAAAGACGCUGCCAUACAACAGUGACGUCAUCUCACCGGCCAUGUUCCAGCCGUCUCCAGUCAUUUUCCCGCCACUAAGCCAAAAGUAUUUUAGACCGUGGAGCCCAGUCUACCCUCCGUUUCCUGCCAGCACUUCUAUGUUUCUACCCAGUGGUACGUUUGGACCGGCAGUUUUCAACAGGAAUUCUAAUUUCCCGUGUGCUGCUUCACAGACUGUUAGUGUGAUGGUCCGACCGCGUGUAUCUGCUUCGGCAAGCCCUCCAUUCAGACCCAGUACCUCGCCUAUCAACAGCCUUGUAACUCAGUACCAAGUCUCCUGUGACUCGGACAAUGGAAGGAGUUGCCACACUGCGGACGAUUAUUUAGCCGCUGUAACUUUGGUCAGCGGUUUUCAUCGGGAAAAUUAACAAAGAAACCAUGUACAAUGUGAAUUCUACAGAUUGACUUAUGCGAAUUCGAAAAAGCUCACAGCGUUUUAAGUUUCAGUCGCAGGUUUUUUAGUCUUAUCUCAGUUUUAAUUGUGUAUGUGAUUUAUGAGAGAAAACGACUUAUUGAGCGAUUUUGGACGUUUGAUUUUAGUGUUUUUAUGUCAGUCGAGUUUGCAAACUUUUUUUUUUUUUUAAAGUUCUGCUGUGGAAAAUCACUAAGUUUAUCGGAAGGUAGUAAAUAUCCAAAGUUACGAAGUUGUUCUCGUACGUAAAGUAUGCAUGUAGUAAUUAGAAAAAGAAAUAAAGUCAUCGGAUCUAUAAGCAUCCAGCAGCUUUUUCUUUCGGGUUCUCAUUUACUUUGACUGGGGCGUUGCAGAAAUCCGCCCUCGCCGCUUUGUUUACACUACCUUCUCGUUAAAAUCCAAAUAUACGAGAGUGUUACUCAUAUGCGAGGCCUGCGUACAAGCCAUUCCGGUUAGCCUAAAUAGCGCUUCUCCCUUUCC